AUUAUCCAUAAGGAGAAAGUAAAGAAUGAACUGGUUUUACGGAUGAUAAACAAAAGGAACUUUUUCAAUAUUUACAUGUUAUACAACAUCAAUAAUGGUUAUUCAAUGACUGAUAAAUGAUUAAAGCAAACAGCAUACUGAUUAUACUAAUUAAAAGGAAAUAAAAAAGAAUCUCUUCAAAAUUAUUAAAAUUCGAAUGUUCAAUCAUGGAAUUAUUAUUUUAUUUAAUGGUUAUUAUUCAAUUUAUCAAUGUAAUACAUAACAAUCUCCAUGGUGAACAAUAUAAAUUUAAUUAUCCAUUACAAUCUAAUAGGAAAAUAUUAAAAAAACAAAAUAAUCUCUAUGCAAAACGUAAUCAUGUUGAUCAUAAUUCUGAAAGAUUAAAAAGAAAUUUCUUAGUUGAUAUUAAUUCACAUAAUUCAUUAUGUCAAUCUGGUUCACAAUCAUUUCAGUGUGCUCCACCAUUUAAAGAUAUAUCACGUGGAGUAUCUGUUUAUUCAACAUCUACAUGUGGAGAACAUCGACCACAAAAUUUAUGUCGAUCUAAUACAAAUUGUCAAUUAUGUAGUGUUAAUUCAACUAAAUGGAAAUUUUCAUCGGAAUAUUUAACUGAUCGUCAUGAUGUUGAAAAUCAAACUUGUUGGGCAUCAGGAUAUAUUCGACCAGGUGAAGCUGUUAAUCUUACUAUAUCGUUGGGAAAACGUUUUGAAGUAUACUAUAUAUCUUUACAACCAUGUAGUAUAGGUAGUAUACCACAUUCAAUAGCAAUUUAUAAAUCAUCCGAUUUUGGUCGUACAUGGCGUCCUUGGCAUUAUUUUUCAACUGAUUGUUAUCGAGCUUUUGGACUACCUACCUCAAAUGAACAUAAUAGCCAUAUAACAUCUGCUAAUUUACAAGAGGUAUUAUGUGUUGCUUUACAACCACGUGAAAGUUAUUACAGUCAUCAAGGUAGAAGAGUUCGUUCAAUGAACAGUUAUAUUUUCAAUAAACCAAAUAUUACUAGAAAUUUCGGAGGUAUGGGAGUGCCUUCGGAUUGGGUUAUUGCAUUCAGCACAACACUUGGUCGACCAGCAACACGUCCAUGGAGUCCAGCAUUGAUUGAUUGGAUGACUAUGACUGAUGUUCGUAUAAGCUUAAUGAGUUUUCAUCAGUCUAACGAACCAGAAUAUCGUAUCAAAAGAAAUGCCUAUCGAAGUCAACCAUCUGAUCACUCUAAAUUAACACAGAAUUCACAAACUAUAAACAAACUACCCUUAUUUCAAUCAAAUUACUUUUAUGAUAAUUUUAAUAAUUAUCAUUUAAAACGAACACGAAAUUUAAGAGAUGGUCAGACCAUUACAGAAUUACCUCAAAAAGAAAUGAAUCAUACUAAUAAUAUAGAUAGCCAAACUGAUUUGAAGGUCAAUACUAGAAAAUCUGUAAAUGUAACUAUAGACCCUGAGAUUUUAUCUGAAAUAGACUUCUAUGCAUUUGCUGACAUAGCCAUUGGUGGACGUUGUAAAUGUAAUGGACAUGCAAGUGAAUGUAUAUUAGGAUCAAAUGGUAAAUUAAUAUGUGCAUGUGAACACCAUACAUCUGGUGAAGAUUGUGAAUAUUGUAAACCUGGUUAUAUGGAUAGACCAUGGGACAGAGCUACAACUCAAGAUGCAAAUGUCUGUAAAAAAUGUGAUUGUAAUCUUCAUUCAAAUGAAUGCCGAUUUUCAAAUUCAUUAUAUUUAUUAUCUAAUCGUAUAAGUGGUGGUAUUUGUGAAAAUUGUCAACAUAAUACAAUUGGUCGUAAUUGUCAUCAAUGUGCUGAAGGUUAUUAUCGUGAUUGGACUAAACCAUUAAGUCAUGAAAAUGUUUGUUUACCAUGUCGAUGUCAUCCAAUUGGAUCUAUUGUCCGUCAUGAUUGUGACAGAAGAAGUGGACAGUGUCGAUGUAAACAAGGUGUAGCUGGUUUAACCUGUGAUCGUUGUCAAGAUGGCUAUCAUCAAACACGUUCACCACUUAAUCCUUGCACGAAAGACUUCACAUCCCGAGCAGUAGCUUUGGCUCAUACACCAGGUGAUAUAAACUGUCCACCAUGUAGUACAAAUAAAGAAAGAAUUAAACUGAAAAAAUUCUGUCGUAAAGAUGCAGUUUUUGAGGCUUCAUUCAAAUCACGUGAACUUCAUGGAAAUAUGGCUCGUUUCGAAAUGCAUGUCACACAAAUUUGGAGAAUUAAUAAAGAAUUUUUUAGAGGAAGUUCAAGUAUUUACUGGCCUGCUUCUAAAUCUUUUAUCGACUUUGAACAAUAUAAUCAAGGUGAACAUGAAGAAGAGAUUAAGAGAAAAUCAAAUGAAUUAGUUCCUGUAUGGGUUCGUCUAAAUGAAUUAAAGUGCAAAUGUCCAUAUAUUGAAUUGGGUGUUUCAUACCUAAUAGUAACAGACUUUGAGAGUUUCACAAAUAAAAUAAGAAACGAACUAUUAUUUUCUACAAAAACUGCAAUUUUACCUUGGCGUUCAAGUUGGAAACGUAGACUUAUUCGAUUUCGUAGAAGAGAAAAUCGUGGAGCAUGUGAAAAGUUUCGUGAACCUACUAAACUUCUUAGUGUAUUUCGUCCUAAACAAACACUUGAAAUACCUACAAUUCAUCGUGAAUGGCAUUCAACAAUCAAUGCUCGAAUUCCUUCAUCUAUUCAUCAAAGGCCAUCAUAUUCUUUAUCAUUACGACCUUAUUCUAAAUAUAGACGUGAUUAUAAAGUAUCAUAA